CAACUCUAUAAAUAGUCUAUCGACCAGCCACAAGGGGACUUCCACAAGUAAAGAGAGCACAUUAAACCUCGAGCAAGAAAGAGUAAACAAAGUAGAACUUGUAGAAGUCAACACUUGUGAGCAGUGAAGAACCAUAACAGCAAACCCAGCACAUCGGUAUGGCAUCUAAUCAGUCUUCUUUACCUCCAGGUGACCCUAUUUGCCCAGGUUGUCAGGUCGAGGGGUCUCUUCUCCUACCCUGUGGACACAGUUUAUGUCAGUCUUGUUUACAGCUGUGCCAGCUCGAACUCGGACAUGAGCAGGAAAUAUGUACAGAGUGUUAUGGACGAGAGCUGUUUGACAAUGUCCUCAAGGGCUUAUUUGACACCAUAUUUCAAGGUCAACCUCGACGGGACAAAAACCAAUCUGAGCUGGGGCUGGGCUUGAUUGGGGAAGACAAUGCCAAGGGUGAAAGUGGUAAUACAUGUGCCAGACAUGGUGACAGACUGACUCUGUUCUGCAUGGAGGAUGAGGAGCUGAUCUGUGAUCAGUGCCAGAUAGAAGACCAUGAAGGGCAUGAAUGUAAUGGUACAGAGGAGGCUGCACAGGAGUGCAAGAGAGAACUGAGGUUUGCAUUGAGGCCAUUACAAGAGAAGCUGGAAAGCCUAAACACAGCCAAACAAAUCUGCCAAGAGACAGCAGACCACAUAAGGAGGCAGACCCAGAAUACAGUGCGACUGAUAAAGGAUGAUUUUGAGAAGCUGCAACAGUUCCUCCAAGAAGAGGAGGCAUCCAUGCUCACAGCUCUGAAGGAGGAAGAGGAGCAAAAGAGUCGCAGAAUGAAGGAGAAGAUAGACAGGCUAACAGAGGAGAUUACAUCUCUGACUGAAACCAUUAACACCACCGAGGAGGCCAUUGAUUUUAAAGACUUUGAAUUUCUAAAGAACUAUAAGAAAGCGUCCGAUUGUUACAGAGUGGAAUGCACAGCACAGGACCUUAAAGAGAUGAGUGGAGCUCUGAUUGAUGUGUCCAAACACCUGAGCAGCCUCAAAUUCAGAGUCUGGGAGAAAAUGCAAACUGUUGUCACAUACACUCCAGUGACCCUCGACCCCAACACAGCAGAUGCGUGCCUCUCUUUAUCUGAUGACCUCACUGUCCUGCGCUACACAGAUGAAGAGCAGCAGAUACCCGAUAACCCAGAGCGGUUCUGCUACUACGAGUGUGUGAUCGGGUCCGAGGCCUUGGGUACAGGUCGCCACAGCUGGGAUGUAGAGGUAGGCGACAGCACCGAGUGGGCACUCGGGGUGGUGUACGACAGUGUGCAAAAGAAGGAGUGGUUCCCACCCAGUCCUGAACAUGGCAUGUGGACCAUGUGCCUGCACGGAGGUCACUAUCGGGCACCGAACUCUAUCAGCCAGCCGAUCCCAGUUAAGAAGAAACCACAAAGAGUGCGAGUUCAGCUGGAUUGGGAUGUGGGGAGGGUCAUGUUUUCAGAUGCUACAGAUAACACACUAAUCUACAAGUUUAAAGCCAAAUUCACUGAGAAGCUCUAUCCGUUUUUCUCCAAUACAUGCAAAAGGCAUCCACUGCGCAUCUUACCUGAGAAAGUGUCCGUGUAUACAGAAUAGCUCAUGUAUGUAUUCACAGCAAGGUAAAACUGUAUUUCUACAUUACUUUAGAAUAUAUACUUAAGGCUUAAUAAUCCUCCAAUAUUAAUCUUAAAUUAUGGCCUUUAUCAUAGAAAAAAAAAGAAAGAAAUCAUGAUCUGAACUCAGCUGGUUUUAAUCCUUUACUAAGAGUGAACAAUAUUCUAAUGAACUAGGUUUAUUACGAUAAAAUCAAUAAUGUCAUCAUGCACUUUUCAAAGUCAUUAGAAGUAUUACGUUACCAGACAUUUGUAAGUACAUUAUGUUCAUACUUCAUUAACAAAUGAGAUAUAUCCUUACCUAAAAAUAAAUCAUUAGAUAUGCAGUGUGGAAUAUGCUUAAACCCUGAAAAUGGAAAAUUUUAGAGAUACAAUACAAUAGAGAGCUAAACUUUUAGGUGUUAUUUAUAAAUACUAAUUGCACCAUGUAUAUACAAAUAUAUGAAUAGAACUUGUAAUGAAAAUUAUUGAAGUGUCUGUACAAAUGUAUCUCUUUUUUAGAUCAAACCUGCUCACCCUAUUCUCAAUAUAAUGCUGUUGUUUGUGCUAAUCUGAAAUAUUUAACAAAGGUAACUGAAAGCUAUUAUGUUCUACAGAAGUAUUAACAAUGAAUUUGCACUUGCAUUUGUGAUUUCAGCUAUGUACAAAACAGGUAAAUACUGUAUAUAUAAAUACUACAGCAAAGCACUAUUAUGUUUGGGCAUGAAGAAAGGAGAUAUUUGCUUGCUUAAUUUUCAUUUUGCACAAUGAA